AUGCUGCCCCCAGCGCCUUCCAUGAAUGUGUGGUCGCAUCCAUGCAGACACAGCGCUAGCGCCUAUUCUUUCGCCAUGUACGACACCACCAAACCAGGGCAGCCCAUUCAGGUGUUCAGCCCCGAGCCCCUUAUUGAGAUUCUUCCCAUGCCUUGUAUGUGCUUGCAUGCAGGCAGCGCCACCAGCGCCUAUUCAUUCGCCAUGUACGACACCACCGACCCAGAGCAGCCCAUUCUGGUGUUGUUGAGUCAACGCAUCUAUUCUCAUGUGCCCCCCCUGCUUUCCAUGCGUGUGUGUGGGGUCACAUGGCAUGCAGGCAACGCCUCCAGCGCCUAUUCAUUCGCAAUGUACGACACCACCGACCCAGGGCAGACCAUUCAGGUGUUCGGCCCGAAGCCGCUGCGAGUGGAGAGUGGGACGCUCUACCCCUUUGUGCUGCCUGGGCCUGUGGUGCCACAACCCAAGCACAUUGAACCCUUCCCUGAAGACUUGCUGGGCCGCAAGUAUGAGGCACACUGCAGUUUUGAGGGACCCUACCCCAAGUGGGACCUGAUAUACGCCCCAAUGCUGCUGGGCCUGCUGGUGCUGCUGGUGGCAGUACUGCUCUCCACCAUGAUUGCUGUCCUUGCAUGGAAGAAGAAGAAUCUAGAAGAGGCUAUGAAGGAGAUUCAGCUGUGCACGGCGAUUCUGGAGAGAGCUGAGCGGUCCAAGAGUGAGGCGGUGGCGAAUGUGUCCCACGAGCUUCGCACGCCAAUCAUUGGCAUGAUUGGCAUGAUAGAGGAGCUGCUAGACUCAUCAUUGCAGGAGAGGCAGCACGCAGACCUGGUUGAUGCGAGGGCGUGUGCGGACGAGACGAUAGACCUCAUCAACCGAGUGUUGGACCUCGCCAAGCUGCAGGCAAGCAAACUGCAGCUUGAGACUCUCCCGUGCUGCCUGCACCGAAUUGUCCGUGAGGCGACUGAAGUUGGUGCACCGACAGUAACAGGAAAAGAGCAAGGUACGAAUGAAUAUGUGAUUGUGCUAGACCUCGCCAAGCUGCUGCCUCCGACGGAUCGCCCGGGAGGCCACCACUGCAGUUGA